AUGUCUGGAAUCCACCAGCAAGGAACUGCCGAUGGCUGGCACGGCAUUGUCAAGUCCGGCGGGGAAUUUGCGCCGGAAGCUGGUCGAUAUCAUCUUUACGUUGGCUUGUUCUGUCCCUUUGCGCACCGCGUCAACAUCGUCCGCCACAUCAAAGGUCUACAGUCCAUCAUCGACCUGUCGAUUGUCGCGCCAUAUCCAAAAGGCGACUCGAAGGGUUGGCCUGGCUGGAGGUUUCCCACCGAGACCAAUCCGUAUGAAGGCGCCACUGUGGAUAAGCUGUUUGGAAGCGAGUAUCUGCAUGGUGUCUACUUUAGAGAUGAUAAGGAGUAUAAGGGAAGAUACUCGGUGCCGUUGUUGUGGGACACAAAGACCAACAGAGCAGUGAACAAUGAAAGUGCAGAGAUGCUGAGAUGGCUUCCCACCGCAUUCAACGACCUAAUCCCCAAAGACCUGGCCGCUAUUGAUCUCUAUCCCGAGACUUUGCGCAGCCAGAUCGAUUCCAUCGCUGCCUGGAUGCAGCGUGACCUUAACAGCGGGGUUUACAGAGCGGGCUUCGCCGAAGAAGAGUAUGACGACAAGGUAAUCCCCGUUUUCAGCGCUCUCAACCGACUCGAGCGUCUCAUCCAUGAGAACGGCGGUCCAUACGUCCUGGGCAAGCAUAUCACUGAACUCGAUAUCUUGCUGUAUGUGACACUGGUCCGUUUUGACACUGUGUAUGUGCAGCAUUUUAAGUGCAAUCUCGGCACUAUACGCCAUGAUUACCCGGUGCUCAAUCACUGGUUGACACAUGUAUAUUGGAAGGUGCCCGGGUUUAAGGACACUACUGAUUUUAGGCAUAUCAAAGAAAAUUAUACAAAGAGCCAUUACGGCAUCAACCCCAAGGCUAUCACGCCGAGGGGCCCUUUUCCGCAUGUAGAAGAUUACGUGGAGUUGGACUGGAAGGAUUUGAGGGUAGGAGGCGUGAACCUCCCGGAGGUGUUGGAGUAUGAGGCAAAAUUGUGA